AUGCCUCCAAAGAGCAACGCUACUGCCGCCCGCGAUACAGCUGCUCUCGGCAGUCUCAUUGCCUCAGAAGUGCGCAUGAUUGACUCGAUCUUCAGGAACAGUUGUAGCAAGUCGAAACCCACGAUGACGAAUUGGGCAAAGGUCACUGCGGAACUGGGAUUCAAGAAUGAGAAGUCCACCAAGGAUACGUUCCGCCACAUAUGCAAAAAGCAUAAGUGGUACGAGUCAGAGGACAAUGAGUCCGCGGCCCCCAAGGCCCCCACCACGCCCGAAUCAAAGGACAAGAAGGACCGUGAUGGCCCCACCACGCCUAAUUCGAAGCGUUUGCGAAGUCCUGCGAGUGGUGAGGAGGCGGAUGCUAAGGGCACGCCUACCACCAAGAAGCGCAAGGCUGCUCCUAGGUCGAAGCGCUCAGGCAAGCCUAUGGCAAAGCACGAAAGCACAUUCGGCAACGGCACUUCCCAGGGAGAGGAUGACUUAUUCGCGAAUGAUGAGGCCUAA